AUGGUAUCGAUGAAGAGGAAGCACGAGGAGUUCAAAAUCAAGAAAAGUGUCUAUGGCGAUGGAAACAAGUGGUUCAGAGGGUCCAUCAUCGAAAAAUCAAGCAGCGGACCGGUUUAUUUGGCGACUUUGAAGAAACCCAAAUGGAGACUCACCCACUUGCCCGUACUAAUGGCUGUGAAGUCCGCAGAGGUUUCUGAUUCGGCUUUGCUUCAGAGGGAAGCAAUUGUUCUUAGCAACCUCCAUGCUUGUCCCUAUAUCUAUCGGUGCUUUGGGGAAGAGAUUAUGACCGGUGAUCGCAAUCGCAUCAUUUAUAACCUUCUCUUGGAGUAUGGCUCUGGCGGAACCCUAGCUGAUUUGAUUAAGAAAAGUGGCGGCGAAGGAUUGCCUGAAUCUGAUGUUAGGCGCUAUACAAGGCAUAUUCUUGAAGGUCUUGAUUGUGUUCAUAGCUGUGGGUAUGUUCACCGUGCUCUAAAGCCUGAGAAUAUCAUAAUUGUUCCUAUCAUUACUGGCACUGGCACUGAAUAUGUUGCAAAGAUUGGUGAUUUUGGGUUGCAAAGAGAGCAAAACAGAUGA